CAUUGGCUCUUGCCCGGGAAUAGCGGGGCAGGGCCCGGACAGGUACCCCACUGUCGGGCCUCGGUGCUGCAGGCUGGGGAGACUGCACGCGGCGGGGCCGCUGGGACCCGUCCAUACCCCGGUUAUCCCGAUGGGCGAAGCCCGUAGCGACUGUGUCAGCAUCACUUCCCACCGGUUUGAGGCCGGCAGCCCGCGGGGAGCUUGGUGUGAUUCAGGAUGCUACUCCUGAUCUCGGGGACCACACGUUUUGAGGAGGAGCGCUGGGUAUUUCUGAAGACGUGGCUAUGGACCUGCAGCCCUUUUGUUUUCGUGCUGGGGGAUGAGAGACUUCCUUCCCCUGAAGUGCGAUGCCUGCGAGCAGAUCUUCUGCACCGACCACAUCGCUUAUGCCCAGCAUGACUGCACCUCUGCCUACAAGAAGAGUGUAUGUCUGUGCCUCUGCACCUGCUGUGCAAGCUGGUUGGAGGGUCAUGAGCAGGAUCUCAAACUGCAGUUGAAACUGUGGAAGCCAUGCUCCCUUUUGUUGUCUCUGCAGGAUGUGCAGGUCCCAGUGUGUCCCCUCUGCAACACCCCAGUCCCUGUGAGGCGGGGGGAAAUGCCUGAUGUUGUGGUGGGUGAGCACAUUGACCGUGACUGCAAGUCUGACCCUGCACAACGUAAGCGCAAGAUCUUCACCAACAAGUGUUUGAAGCCUGGCUGCAAGCAGAAGGAGAUGAUGAAGGUGAUCUGUGACCAGUGCCACAAGAACUACUGCCUCAAGCACCGGCACCCCCUGGACCAUGACUGCAGUGGGGCAGGGCAUCCCCUUUCCAAAGCAGGGCAUGCUGCAGUUACCAGAGCCCAGGCAUCUUCCUCCAAAAUAGUGACUGCAUCAAGCAGCGGAGCUGCGCGGCCAGCAGACAGCUCCUCUUCCCUGGCCUGUGCCAGGGGAGGCAGAGCAGCUGCGUCGCAGAGUCGCAGCACCUCCCCUCCAGCUGUCAUGCUGCAGAAUGGGCUGAGCGAGGAAGAGGCACUGCAGCGAGCUCUGGAGAUGUCCCUGGCAGAGUCGGCACGCAGCUCAGCACAGCAGCCCAGCAGCACACAGGAGGAGGAGGAUCUGGCACUGGCCCAGGCACUGUCAGCGAGUGAAGCCGAGUACCAGCAGUCGCAGCGGCAGGCGCACAGUUCAAAGCCAUCAAACUGCAGCAUGUCGUAGGCAGGUGAGGCGGGGUGUGCCAGCGGGCACAGGAACCUGCUUGUGACCCAAGGAGCGGCUCUGGCCUCCCACAUGGAUGCCGUGGGGUUCUGGCCUGGACACUGGUACCAAGAGACUCUUGCCAAGGACAGCUCAUCUCCCUGGGAGCUGUAAGCAACCAAAUAUACACUCACACUUCAGCCCUAGUACCUAUAUAAAAUUAGUGCAGCAAAUUGCUGAUGCUCCUGGGGAGGUGAAGACUGUACAGGACGGGGCUGGUACACACCAAAGUAAGCAGCAGCCCAGGUCUGCACUUCCCUGCAGUUGCCACAGCCAUGUCCCAACACUGCCAGGACUGUGGGGCAAGGGCAGAGCUGUGUGGGGACAUCUCACAUGCUCAGACAUACAGCUGGGAUGUAGCUGCCUUCUGUCGUUGGGGGCUGGAUUCCAUGCUCUGGGAAGGGCUGUGCCGGCCCCUCAGCAAAGAGCAAAUGUGGCUGGAAUGGUCUCUUGCCUGGGCGUGGCAUGGAUGAAUGUACAGCCUCCCAGCCGUGUGAAAGCAGCCGCCUCCCUGCUGUUUGCAUGUACAAGAGCACGUUGGACCUUACCCUGCUCGGCUGGGGCACAAGACCUCUCUGAGACUGAAUAGAGCUGCAUUUCCUUUCUGGUUUAAUAUAAUAAGUAACCUUGGCAGUGACUUGAAUGGCAGCGUCGCUCAUAUGGGGUGGUUGCAGUUGUCUUCCUGCUGCCCUAAACUUAAAACAGGGCCCUGUUUAAAUGCUGCUGGGGUAGGAAUGCCUCCCUUCUUCCAGUUGUGUUGCUGGGGAUCCCCUCCUGGAUAGCAAUAGCACAGAACCCCUCCUUACAGACAAAGCCCUGAGCCUAUAGCCUGUUUGGGCAGAGGGGAUUUAUCCUGCUGGCCUCUUGCAGGGGGUCUGCAGCCAUGCAGAGCUGUGCUGCUUUCCCACCUGCUGCUGUAACCGUUCCUGCCUGCAGGGCUGUGCCUGGUUCUGCAGGACUGGGCUGUCCUGCUUUGAGCAGCUGAGGGAGGGGGGUUCAGGCUGGGUCCAGAGAUUGUGGAGACUUGUCAAAGUGCUGCUUGGGAGAAAAUAAAAGCAUAGCACAAGGUACAGAGGUACCUGAGGCAGCA